UAGCAGGUUUUCCUCAUUGCAGAUGAUUACGUUUCUCUGUGUCAGCCUUUUAAUCAUAGGACCUGCAGCUGAGUCACUUCUCUCUCCAUCCCCUACUGCUGUAGCAGUGUGUAAUGCAGUUAGAGAGUAAUUUGCUGUUUCAGAAGCUGGAGGCUGAUUUGUUCUUUUUCUGCUUGGCUUGUUUUAGGCCAUGUCUUAUGACAAUAUGGAAGAAGUGAGGCCUUGGCAUCUGGUGCUUCUUCAAGCCUGACAAGCCAGGCUUAGAGUAAGCACACACAACAAGUUAACGUGAGCGUGUGGGUGACCUUUGCUGUAAUUCAUGUGGAUUGGAUCCUGCACUGCAGCCUAUGCAGGUGACCGGUUUGCAGCAGCUGUCAGAGGAACCCCUGAUUUUUCUGAGUUCCAAUACAAAGGUUUAUUCUUGUAGGUAUUGCCCAGCUAGUUUGCUUUCAGCUUCUAUACCUCUUGAAAGAAGCAGUCGUACAGGCCAACCUUUCCCUGCUUCCUGAUGUCCAAAGCGUUCUACCAUCAGGAUUUGUGCUGGUGUAUCUGAGAAGGAAGAGGUGGAAGAUAACACCGACAUCAUCAUGGAGGGGGCUCUGAUAGCCCGGGACAGAGUUGGGGUGCAGGACUUUGUGCUUCUGGACUCCCACACCAGCGAGGCUGCUUUCCUGAACAACCUCCGCAAGCGAUACCAAGAGAACCUCAUCUAUACGUACAUUGGCACUCUUCUUGUAUCUGUCAACCCUUACAAAGAGCUGGAUAUCUACACAGUGACCCAGAUGCAGCUUUACCGAGGGGUGAACUUCUUUGAACUGCCACCUCAUCUAUAUGCCAUAGCUGACAACGCCUACCGGGUGAUGUGUAGUGAGUACAACAACCAUUUCAUCCUCAUCUCUGGGGAGAGCGGAGCCGGGAAGACGGAGGCUUCCAAGAAGAUUUUGCAGUACUAUGCGGUCACCUGUCCGACUACAGAGCAGCUGCAGGUCGUCCGUGAUCGUCUGCUGCUGUCAAACCCUGUGCUGGAGGCUUUUGGAAACGCAAAAACUCUGCGAAACGACAACUCGAGUAGAUUUGGGAAAUACAUGGACAUCCAAUUUGACUUUAAGGGAGCUCCAGUGGGAGGGCACAUCCUCAGUUAUCUGAUUGAGAAAUCCCGAGUUGUCCAUCAAAACCACGGAGAGAGGAAUUUCCACAUCUUCUACCAAUUAUUAGAGGGUGGAGAGAAGGAUCUUCUCUGCUGGCUUGGGCUGGAGCGUAACCCUCAGAAGUAUGCUUAUCUCAUCCAGGGUCGAUGUGCCAAAGUGUUUUCUAUUAAUGACAAGAACGACUGGAAAAUAGUCCGCAAAGCUUUUUCUAUCAUUGACUUCACUGAAAAAGACUUGGAGCAUCUUUUUGGAAUAGUUGCUAGUGUCCUGCACCUUGGGAACAUUCAGUUUGAAGAAGAUAGCAAUGGACAUGCCAUCAUUCGCAACGGCACUCAGAUCAAGUGGAUUUCAAAGCUCCUGGGUGUCCACUUGUCCAUUCUGCAGGAAGCCCUCACCCAUCGGAAGAUUGAAGCCCGCUCUGAAGAGGUCUUAAGUCCAUUGAAUGUCGAUCUGGCAUUCUAUGCUCGGGAUGCUGUAGCAAAGGCAAUUUACGGACGGACUUUCACUUGGCUGGUCAACAAAAUUAAUGGCUCCUUAGCCAACAAGGAUUCAACUCGUAAGACUGUUAUUGGCCUGCUGGAUAUCUAUGGCUUUGAAGUGCUGGACACGAACAGCUUUGAGCAGUUCUGUAUUAAUUACUGCAAUGAGAAACUCCAGCAACUGUUGAUUGAGAUGACCUUGAAGGCAGAGCAGGAGGAGUAUGAAAUGGAAGGAAUAGAGUGGGAACCAAUUCCGUAUUUUAACAACAAGAUCAUCUGUGACUUGGUUGAGCAGAAGCAUAAAGGAAUAAUUUCCAUUCUGGAUGAAGAGUGCUUACGACCUGGUGAAGCAACUGACUUGAGCUUCUUGGAAAAGCUGGAAGAGAAAGUAGGAGACCAUGCCCACUUCGUGACUCGCAAGCUUGCAGAUCAGAAAACACGAAAGUCCAUUGACUGGGUGGAUUUCCGCCUCCUGCACUACGCAGGGGAAGUCACGUACUGUGCAGUUGGAUUUCUGGAAAAGAACAAUGAUCUCCUGUACAGAAACCUGAAAGAGGUGCUGUGCAACUCUAAAAAUGGAAUCAUUAGAGACUGCUUUUUACUGUCAGAACUGGACAGCAGGAGGAGGCCAGAGACUGUUGCAACCCAGUUCAAAAACAGCCUAAUGAGUCUGAUAGAAAUCCUGAUGUCCAAGGAGCCUUCUUACAUCCGAUGCAUUAAACCAAAUGAGAACAAGGAACCUGGGAUGUUUGAUGAUUGCCUGAUCCGGCAUCAGGUGAAAUACCUGGGUCUGAUGGAGCACCUGCGUGUGAGACGGGCUGGCUUUGCGUAUCGGCGCAAGUAUGAGCACUUCUUGCAAAGAUAUAAAUCCCUGUGUCCUGCUACCUGGCCGCACUGGCACGGGCCUGCAGCUGAAGGUGUGGAGAGGCUUAUCAAGCACAUAGGUUAUAAACCUGAGGAAUACAAAUUGGGAAGAACCAAAAUAUUCAUUCGUUUCCCAAAGACUCUGUUCGCUACUGAAGAUGCGUUUGAAAUAAGAAAGCACAUGUUAGUUUCAAGACUACAAGCCAAAUAUAAAGGACGCCUCGGGAAGAGAGACUACCAGAAAAAGAGAAAAGCAGCUAUCAAGCUGGAGGCUUGUUGGCGAGGAGUGCUGGCACGGAAGGAGGCCAAGAAGAGGACCUGGGCUGUUGAGAUCAUCAGGAAAUUCAUAAAGGGUUUCAUCAAUCGGAAGAAACCUCUGUGCCCAGAGAACAUUGAAUUUGUGCGGCUUGUGCAGUACAAAUACCUCAUGAAGCUCAGAGACCACAUCCCCAGAAAUGUCUUGGACAAGAGCUGGCUCCAACCUCCUUCUAUCCUGGAAGAGAUAUCUGAGAUGCUACAGAAAAUGUGUACUAGGAACCUAGUACGGAAGUACUGCCGAGGUCUCACUCCUGAGAGGAAAGUGCAGUUACAGCAAAAAGCUGUCACAAGUGCCAUUUUCAGAGGAAAGAAGGAGGGCUACCAGCAGAGCAUAAACCUGCCCUUUGCGGACACUCGAUUGAAAGAGACGGAUAUAAACCCCAAAGUUCUGCAGCUCAUACAGGGCGAGAAGGUGAAGUAUGCAACUCCCGUGGUCAAAUACGACAGGAAUGGCUUCAAAGCACGGGAGCGCCUGCUGGUUCUGACCCAGUCCUCGGCGUACGUGGUGGAAAUGGCCAAGAUCAAGCAGAAAAUAGACUAUGCCACUUUGAAAGGUAUUUCUACCAGUAAUCUGGGUGAUGGGAUUGUGGUCAUCCAUGUUCCCGAGGACAACAAACAAAAGGGAGAUGUGAUACUUCAGUGUGAACAUAUCUUUGAGACAGUCACUAAGCUCUGCAUGCUGGCCAACAAGCAGAACCUUGUUAAAGUUGUGAAGGGAAGCCUUCGGUUUCGCAUUGGCUCUGGGAAGGAAGGGACAAUGGUGUUUGCUGUUGGGCCGGAGCCCCAUGUCUUUAAAGCCAAAGAUGGACAGCUUACAGUGGUGUCAAAUCAGGCAAAGUCUUGAUGAGAAGCAGUUCCAGUUUUUGGUCACCAGGAAUGGAAAGGAGCCUGCAGGCUGACACCAGCACCUGCAGCACCCCUGCAAUCUUUGUUGCCAUAGGGUUGCUGUGACUUGAGAGUUUGCUUGCAUCUUUUAGGUACUUUUUUUUAUUAGCUUAAAACUACUGAGUUGUAUCUAAAUAAAUUCAUCACCUCGCUGUAAUGUUCCAGGAUGCAUAGAUCCUUGUCACAUGCUGUCACAGGGUAAUGUUUAGGUAGUUGCACAAGUAAAAUGUUGAUCUGUGCACCUGAUAACCUGUAGCAGAGCUCUGAAGGAAGGAUUCAGAAGGAAAAGACUUCUCCAAGCCGUGUUUUGAGUCACUGUACUAACCAGGAGAAACUAUAUGAAGUGCAGGUGAAUAGAGUUCAGUCUCUCAAGCAGCAUGCAGAGGUAUGUUUUUAAAUGUAGUAAUGAGGUUGGCAUAGGUAUUCCUGAGUUGGUGGUGUAUCAUCGGGAAAUCCCAGGAAGAUGCUUCCUUGUCUCCAGGCAUGGAUGAAGGAAAACAUCUUAAAGUAGUACUGUCCUUGCUUCUCCCUGCAAAGCAGCUAUGCAGUGCAUUGAGACUCCAGAAGUGAUGAUGAAUGGGGACAGGUGACCACACUUUUUUAAGAGGGGACAUGCUGGUUUGGUAUAACUUGGUUCAGAGGAAACCUUCAGCAGUAGGAGACUGAAGCUUUGUCUCCAUUCAAGGAACUGAGAUUCUGCUUGCUCCUUAAGAGUGCAGUUCCCUCUAGCUGCAUGUUUGGGCAGCUAUGAAGAGGUAGAAUACAGGAAUUCCCUUUGCUCUCUCUGGUGCCUCAUGUUGAGGCCAACCCAUGUAGCUCCUGCUUGGCUGAGGCUACAGCCUGAAUGAGAGCCAGAUCACUGGUGCCUUGGCUGUGAGUGGUUCCAGGAGGUAAAGCUAAUAGCUAGGGGAAGGUGCGUGGUAUUUCUUACUGAAAGUUCUUUCUAGCUCCAGGGACCAUGAGGACAGCAUGCUAGCUACUGAACUUCAAGCAAGUAAUAAAUCAACUCAUGUAAAUAUGAAAUAUCUUCUAAUUUAUUUCAUGUUAUGCUUUAAAAAAAAAAACAACAACAAAACAUUGCAAACAACAACCAUACACUGAAAUCCAUCUUAAGGUGGUUUUGUGUGCAUAAAAUAGGAGGG